ACCCAUUUUUUUCUUUCGUUUUUUUUUUUUUUGUUCAUCGGUUUUCCUCCCAUCCCUCUCUCGCAAAACACAACGCCCCUUUUCCUCAUUCACCUCGUUCUCCUCCUUCAGUGCCGCUACCGAUGUUUCCCUCGUUCUUCUCCGAGCAAUCGACAGCGCUGUCCGCGUCGCUUCGAGUAGUAUUCAAUUAUUUCUCUAUUUUUCUAGUUUUAGAAUAGGUACAGAACAUGAAAAAUUCGGCUUUGAGAGUGAAACUUUAAGGCCUAUGACGUACAAACAGAUAGCAGAGUUGCUCAAUGGUAUUUCUGAGACAUUUGACAAGGAUAAACUAAUGAAGGGUGACAACAUUAUUGGACUCAAACAGAGCAACUUUACAGACUUCAUAGUACUAUCAUGCAAGCAAAGAAAAGCAUAUCAUUGGAACCAGGAGGCUAAUUUGAGCUUAGUGGUGCACCUCUUGAAACUCUACAUCAAACUUGUGCUGAGAUAUAAGAUUAUGAGGACUUACAUGCCUAAAGUUGGCACUCUUGGACUUGACAUGAUGUUUCAGACAUGCACUGUUCAGGUCAAUUUGGACUUCAAUUCUCAAGUGGACAUGGUCAGGAAAUUUCGUGCUGGUCUUGCUUUGCAGCCUAUAUGAAAACUUGUUCUUUGUUUUUCUUACUGGAAUAAUAGAUUGCCACAGCCUUGUUUAUAAAGUUUGGUUAUAGUGAUGGAUCAGUACACAUCAUUGGUACAAUGAUUGGUUUUUGGUGACAUCUAGAAGCAUACUUGCAAAGGAAGAUCAAGUGUUGAAAUUCCCCCCCCCCAAAAAACUGAUACUUAGUUCUAGUUGCAAAUUAACAUCGAGUGUUGAUUUGGAGGGAAAGUUGGUUUAGAAUUGCGAAAAUAGCAUGUGACAAUUGGAGCACCAUUGUAAUAAUUUGGCGAUUUAUUACUAUUCAUUGCCAAAUUAUAACAAUAGCAAUGAUAUUAUAGAAAAUGCCAUUGGAGAUGGUCUUAGUUCAUUUUGGGAUUUGCUAUGAUGGUUUUUUUCUUAUACUUAAUGGAUUAUUAUUAAAUUUGUUUGAUGGAUAUAUUUUGAUUUAUAAUAUAAAUUGUUUGGUGAA